GCGGCGGCCCGGCCGGCGGGGAGAGGCUCAAUGGCGGCGAGUUACCCGUAUGGGCAGCAAUUCCCUGGAUCUGCAGGACAAGCUCCAGGUGCUCCACCAGGGGCUUAUCCUGGUGGCCAAUAUGGAGGUGGAGCCCCUCCUGGAGGUCCCUAUGGUAGGCCAGCCCCUGGGGGGCCCUAUGGGCCACCAACUGGUGGAGGCCCUUAUGGCCCUCCUUCCUCUGGUCCUCCGGGUGGGAUGUAUGGAGGCAGCGCAGCACCAGGAGGACCCUACGGGCAGCCCUCAACUAAUCCAUAUGGUGCCCCUCAGCCUGGACCCUAUGGCACAGGAGGUCCCGCAGGCAGCGUCCCUCCAGGGGUGGACCCAGAAGCCUUUUCUUGGUUCCAGAGCGUAGAUUCCGACCGCAGCGGUGGCAUCUCAAUUAGAGAGCUCAAGGAGGCCCUCGUCAACAGCAACUGGUCCACUUUCAAUGAUGAAACUUGCUUGAUGAUGAUGAACAUGUUCGAUAAAAACAAGUCUGGAAGGAUUGACCUUUAUGGGUUUUCGGCCCUGUGGCGCUUCCUCCAACAGUGGCGAAAUCUCUUCCAGCAAUAUGACCGUGACCAGUCGGGAAGCAUUAACUUGAAUGAGCUGCACCAAGCUCUCUCCCAAAUGGGGUACAAUCUGAGCCUGCAGUUUUCCCAGUUGCUGCUGUCGCGUUACUCACAGAGGGCCAACAAUCCUGGCAUUCAACUGGACCGCUUCAUCCAGAUCUGCACCCUGCUCCAGACCAUGACUGAAGCCUUCCGGGAGAAGGAUACGGGCAUGUCGGGCAAUGCACGGAUCAGCUAUGAAGACUUCCUCAUGAUGUCAGCCACUCGUAUGUUGUGAGGCCUUUUCCUCUUAGAGAGCAAGGGGCGUGAGUGAUCUUUCCGGAGACUUGGCACUUCCGGCACAGGCCCAGAAGGAAGAAUCUGUGGUCCGCACUGUCUAGAAGAUGCUGUGUUAAGAAGGACAAUGAGAUUGAGCCUUUCAUCAUUUCUAAACAGCCACAUUGCCAGAUCAAUUCAAUUCUGGGAGGGUCGACGGGUUCAAAUUUGAUUACAGUGAAAUAGGCAUUCUGCGCAGCUGCUAAGAGCCAAACGACAAGCAGCCGGCCAAAACUGUAGUGACGUGCAGUUCCACCAUGGCCGCCACAGCGAGGCUUCAUGUCUGCCCCCAGCCAAGACGUGUCAGGUACCUUCAGCCCAGGCUUCUAUGCCAGCUUUAGGGAUGGUUGCCAGGCAGCUUGAAUAAUGCCUCAUCCUCCUGAAUUAUCCUUCUGGAGCUUCCUGAAACUUAGUACAGGUCUGUCUUGAGCGCUCUUGAAUUACCAAAGCAGAAAACAGUACCAGGGAGAGCAUUGGGUGCUGACGCUGCUGUCUUCGCAGAAAGGGGCCUGUACUUCGUGGUGUCUGUUUCAAGCCAGCUCUGCAUUUUGCCAUGAGAAGAGCUGAGAUUUCAGACUUCUCCUCCGCAGGCACGUUUUCAUGAAGCUCUGGUCCCGUCCUCCCCAGUCAACCUGGUCCCCACCUUUCCCUUUGCAGUGCUAAAUGGCAAGCUUUUCUUGCCAACAAAUAAUUUAACUUGUUCACUUUUCAGUUGCCAACAUUUUGCUUGUGAUUUUCUUUGUGGGGCCAAAAUCAUGGAUGGUAACAUGUCAGGAAGAGAUGUAUACCUAAAUAAAACUGUACAAUAAAGGUUCCUAAGCACUAAGA